AUGCGUGCUACGUGCUUGGCCGUGCUCGCGCUCCAGGCCGCCUCGGCCGUCCUUGGCUCGCCGGUGCCCCAAGACCAGGAGGAUGGUUCUAGCCUCGUCGUUACCUCGGACCCCGCCGUCGACUUGGAACAGCUCCAGACGCUGGCCGCCGAGGCCCUGCAGAAGGCCCAGGAAGGAGUCAGCGAGGAUGAGGCCGCCCGCAAGAAGCGCGGUGAUACGUCUGUCGAUAAGCGUAGCGACCCCCCAUGCACUCUGUUGAACCUCAAGAUCCGGAGAGAAUGGGGCGCGCUGAGCAAGGCCGAGAGGACCUCCUACAUCAACGCCGUCAAGUGCCUCCAGUCCAAGCCGGCCAAGACGCCCGCCCAGCUGGCGCCCGGUGCGAAGACGCGCUUUGACGACUUCGUCGCCACCCAUAUCAACCAGACCCUCGAGAUCCACUACACGGGCAACUUCCUGUCGUGGCACAGAUACUAUGUCUGGAUCUACGAGCAGGCCUUGCAGCAAGAGUGCGGCUACAAGGGCACCCAGCCGUACUGGGACUGGGCCAAGACUGCCGUGACUGGCCUCGAGUCGUCGCCCAUCUUUGAUGGCAGCGCCACCUCCAUGUCGGGCAACGGCGCCAAGAUUGACAACCAGCCCGACAUUGUGCUCGGCGCCUCCACCGGCCUCCCCCCCGUCUACCUGCCCGCCGGCACUGGCGGUGGCUGUGUGACUUCGGGCCCCUUCAAGGACAUGUCGGUCAACCUGGGCCCCGUCGCCCUUGACCUCCCCGGCGGCACCUCGGCUGGCAACCCGGCCGGCGCCCUCGCCUAUAACCCCCGCUGCCUCAAGCGCGAUCUGACCACCAAGAUCAACCAGAAGUACGCCAACGCCACUGCUAUCCUGUCCAACAUCCUGAACCCCAAGACUGUCGAGGCGUUCCAGAUGCAGAUGCAGGGCAUCCCCGGAUCCGGCAACAUUGGCAUCCACGGCGGCGGCCACUACUCGCUUGGCGGCGACCCGGGCCGUGACGUCUUCACCUCGCCCGGUGACCCGGCCUUCUACCUGCUGCACGGCAUGAUCGACCGCACCUGGUGGAUGUGGCAGUCUCUGUCGCCCAUCACCCGCCAGUUCACCUCGUCUGCCAUCUCUGGCACAAACACCUUCAUGAACUCGCCCGCGAGCCCCAACACCACGCUCACCGACUUCAUUGACCUGGGCUUCUCGGGCGGCCCCAACCGCCAGAUCAAGGACGUCCUGAGCACCGUGUCCGGCCCCUUCUGCUACGUCUACAUCUAA